AUGAAUUCGACCGAGGAUACUCCUGUCAACUUAUCGUCACUCUCUCCAUGCGUUUCAUCUACUUCAACUUCUUACACAUCUGAUAGUAUUAAGCGAUCAUUAAUUAAUGAUAAAGAUCAGUUCAAAGUAGUACAAAAUCUAAGUAAACGUGCAACAGCACCCUGUUGGCAAUCGUUCGGUUUUCCAGCACGAGAAGAAAAGAAUCAGAAGUUUGAGGUUAUCCGCGGUUAUGCCUCAUCUGCCAGAAAACAAGUCUCGACGAAAAAGGAAAAAAUGAAAUAUUUAUGUACACGAUGGGUAGCCGAUUCAAUGCGCCCAUUUCAAAUUGUUUCAGAUCGUGGUUUCAAAGAGCUGGUUCAAGAAUGUAUUAAUAUCGGUCGUGGUUCGCGUUCGGACUCAUUCAUAUUAGCUGACGAUAUUUUAUCCUGUGAGCGUACUAUGAAAAACGAAAUAGAUAGAUUAGCUGAACAAGAACGUGCACAAUUAAGAGAAAAACUCAUCGUUGCUGCCCAAGACGGCAGUUUAUGUUUGAGCCCGGAUAUUUGGACUGAUAAUUACCGAAAGAUCUCCUAUAUGGGCGCAAUUUUGUGGAUGAUGAUUAUGAAUCUCAUUCAAUCGAUUUGUUCUGCACUGAGUUUAAAGAGAAAAAGAAAACUGCUGACAAUAUUCUUACGCUCAGCUGCGGUUGAACGAGAAUUCAGCGCCGCUGGUCAAAUUGUUAAUCAACGUCGCUCAAGCUUAGAUCCAUCGAGUGUCAACAACAUAUUAUUUUUACGUUCGAUCGAAAAUAAUAAAUGGAAAGACUAA